AUGUACCUGAGGAUUUAUACGGCCGCGGGUUGCCGACCCCUGGCCUGGAUGAACCAGCUCCCCCUGCUGGAUUCAAUCCAGUUUCAGCAGGCAUUCAGUCUGGCUGCCAACGUCACCCUACUAGCUGUCAACAUUCGUAAUGACAGGCUCAUCAUGACAGGAAGUGGCAUCUACACCCCUUUUUCUGCCACCUACCACCACGCCAGGAAAGGGGACCCAGAGGAGGGCAGGCUGCUGGUGGCCAGAGUGCCAGUUUUGGAGCCACUUGAGGUAAAACAAAGUGCAGCCAAAGAGGUGGAGGCUGGUGGUGGGGAGUCAACAAUAUCAGCGGCUACAGACUCUGGAUACUGCUACCAAGAUAGCUGUGAUGACCCUCCUCCUCCCUCCUACCCCACCUUCAUCUCCUCUAUGAUGUAUGACACAUUUACAUUUGUCCUCUUAAAUGAGACACAAGGCGACAUUAAAGUGUGCAACGGCACUUUCUGCUGCCGCCUGCAGUACAGGUGGUUACUGCAAGACCAUAAAGAGCUCUAUGCUUUCGGCGCACUUGCAGGAACACACACCGUCAACGGACGUUACGCAUUGCAGGCAAGAAUCACAUGAAUUUGAAUAUUUCUAAAAAGGUUAAAACUGACAACUCACUACUUUUAUUUGCCACAUGUUAAAUAUCUACAGGUUUGUGCAGUAGUCUGUUGUGCAGGGUUGGAUCAGAGCUCUUGUGGACAGGAAGCGGAAGAAGCAGAGUCUAAAAUGGACUUCCUGUUGGAGGGGAACUUUGACACCAAAUACGUGUACCCAUCUAUUCUGACAAGCCGAAUGUUCCUGGAGCAGCCAGAGAGUCUGGAGAAAGCUGCAGACGGGAGACUGACCAUGAAACAUUCAAACACGAAGGGUGGCCUGGUCACUGCCUGCCUGUAUGGACGAAUGUACCACCUGGACAAUGAAUAAACUUUAGAGGGAUCAGGAAAAUAAAGUUCAGUGUUAUGGUUAAGAGCUGCUCCAACCUUCAGCUGUUACACAUUUCUUUUAUCUCUUAUAAAAUAAACCAAAACAAAUGUCUUUA